CUGGCGCCGUUAUAGAAUUAAGUAAUUUUAUUUAUUUAUUAUAUAUUUGUUAAUACUAAAGAUAAAUUAUUAUAAGAAAAAUACAAAUUCUUUAACAUAUCUAAGAUCUUAACAAGUUCCCACGUUACUGUUGGGUAAACACCGAUCAGAAAUUGAUCUAAAGGUCAACCUUAGAAAAAUUACUGGCAUUUUGUUUACUUCCUUGUGCAAAAAAAGAGCUUGGCAUUGCCCGACUUUGAUCCUAUUUAUAAUUUAAGACGAAGUUUCUAAAUCAGCUUGGACCAAACUAUACAAGAACAUCAAGAGAUUCAGGUUUAUAGUUGGGGCCAAGCUGAGGGGUUAUAAUUCUCUUGUCAGCCGGAUAAUGAAACUGUCUCAAGUCUCCUACAUUUCUUUGAAAUUGACCACAAUAACACAGGAAUAGAGGAAAGACAAAAUGGAUUCCUCUGAAGAUGAAAUGCUAAGCGAUGCAGUCUAUGAACUGGAAAAAAACCUAGAAAGAAAAGAGAUGGAUUUCACUUUUACACAAAGCACCAACUACCAGUUGAGUGACAAACCGAGCGAAGAAUCCUUAAGAGUAUUGUUUAGCAAGUUUGGCCACAAACAGUUCCGCCCGAUGCAGUGGCAAAUUAUCAAUUCAAUCUUAAAAGACAAACGUGAUAAUUUCUCCAUCAUGACAACCGGAUAUGGGAAAUCAUUGUGCUAUCAAUUCCCUGCAGUGUACACUAAAGGAGUUACUCUAGUCAUCUCUCCAUUAAUAUCCCUGAUGGAAGAUCAAGUGCUAUCUUUAACUGUUUCAAACAUUCCAGCCUGUCUGCUUGGAGUCGCUCAAAAGAACACUGAGGAAACUCUGCAGGGCAUUUAUCAAAAUAAGUUUUCCCUUGUCUAUUUGACUCCUGAAUUGUGCACUGGAGACUUCGGCAGAGAAGUCCUAAUGGAAAUGAAAUCAAAAGUGAAAAUCACCCUUAUAGCGAUAGAUGAGGCACAUUGCGUUAGUAGUUGGGGUCAUGACUUUCGAUACUCGUUUCGCCAUUUAGGAACGUUAAAAGAGAUUUUUCCGGAGGUGCCCACUUUGGCCGUGACAGCCACUGCUACGGAGCCAGUGAAACUGGACAUAAUUAAAGUGCUAAAAUUAAAAAAUCCCCAAAUACUUUGCUCAGGACUGGACCGACCUAAUCUUUACUUCGACGUGAGGCAUAAAAGUGGGGACAUUUUUAACGACUUGCGGCAAUUAAUGAUCCGACGUGGGGGUCAAUGGUUGUUCCCAGGUUCCACGAUCAUUUACUGUCUCAGCCGUAAAGAGAUCAUUGAAAUAAGCGAACUAUUGAAAAGCCAUAAUGUUUCCGCGAUGCCUUAUCACGCCGGCUUGAACUUGAAAUUAAGGCAGAGUGCUCACGAGCAUUUUUUGAAAGAUAAAGUUUCAGCCAUCGUUGCUACGAUAGCGUUCGGGAUGGGCAUCGAUAAGCCGGAUAUUAGGACCGUUAUCCAUUACGGAACGUCGAAUUCAAUGGAGGGCUAUUAUCAGGAAGUGGGGCGUGCGGGCAGAGACGGACUUCCGUCCAAGUGCGUCACUUUUUACGCUCCAGAAGACUUUUCAGUUCAUAAGUUCUUGAUUGAGAAGUGUCGCGGCAGUGGUAGCCAUAAAAUCAAUUUGCUCGAUCGUAUGAAGGACUAUUUAGUGACCACCGAGUGCCGACGUAAAUUCAUUUUAAAGUACUUUGAGGGUACCGCAAACUUGAAAAAAAACGACAAUUGCUGUGAUAAUUGUAACAAGAAAACUUCCACUGAUAACCAGUAUGAUUUCUCUGAAGAUGUCACAAAGUAUUUGUCAGCAGUGGAAAGUUUGAGGGGCAGUUUCGGGCAUGGGAUGUACAUCAAGUUCCUUAAAGGGUCGAGGAAUGCCAAAAUUCAAGAGAACCAUCGCAGAAGCAUUUAUUUUGGUUGCGGCGCAGACAAGUCUGAGGCAUGGUGGAAGGCUAUAGGGAACUUUUUAGAAAUGAAGGGUUAUCUAAAUAAGGUUAAAGUGACAAAAAAUGGGUUUCCUUACUACAUAUACUCCACAAGCCACACUGGAAUGGCUUUUCUAAGCCAGCCUGAAAGCAAAAGAAAACUUGUAGAAGCUCCUAGUGGGGCCCUUGCGGAUCUUUUAAGAACGCAACUGCCACCUUCGAGCACAGGCUGGUUGUCUGCUAGGGGUGAAGUCUGUAAGAAUGAAAACGUUUCAACACAUCCACUUUCAGAGGAAGACCAGGAAAGAGUGAAGCUGUUCAGACUCCUAAAGAAUGCGAGAACCGAGUUUGCUCGCUCGGAAGAUUGUAUGCCAUACAUGAUCGCGUCCGAUUACAUUUUAAUGGAAAUCGCCAAAAAGCAACCGAAAAGCUUGGAGGAGCUGAGAAACUUGCAAAUAGACGGUCUUACAGAAACGAAAAUAACGAAAUAUUGCUCCAGAUUUGUUGAAAUAAUCCGGAAUAACCCUGUAAUAGCCGCACCAAGGGAAGAACCAUCGGAACAGGAAGAGGUCGAAUUAAACGAUGCCAAUGAUGAUCUGCUUGCCGCCUUAUGCGACGAAAUGCAAAAACAAGCAAACGAGGAAGACACACAAACCAUUUUGGAUGAAAUAGGUUCGGAUGCUAGUCAGGCCAAGAAAUCCAAACCUAAUCCCAUAGAUUGUGCCUCGUUGCAUACUGAACCUGAGGUUGUGGUAAAAAAAGGGAGUUCUAAUAUGGGUACUGUAAGUCAAAUAGCCAAGAAAAAACUACCGGCAUGGCUUUCCAAAAAGAAGGUUUAAGUUUAUUAUAGUUUUGAAGCUAAGGAGUCCUAAGAUGUUAAAUUUAUAGCUUGUUAAAGGCUGUGACUUUUGAAUAGAAGGUUGGCAUCAAAGCCUUCCAUAUUUUUUUGUACUAGUCCUCUUUGUGGAGGCAUUUGUUAAAGGUCUUACAAUUACCCUGCUGAUAUGGUGAAAAAUCUUAGUUGAUAAAAUGAACAAUAUAUUUAGUUACUGACAGGAUUUAUUGAUAUUUUUGUAUGUAAUGGCUAUAGUAUAGUUAAUCUAUAAUGCAAUAGUUUGUCCUGGUCGUUUUUUGGUGGCUAAAUUUGAUUUUCCGGAUAAACCUAACAUGUAGCCUACAUACAUUUUUUAAUUAUAUUUAAAAUUGCUAUAAAACCACUUUACAAAAUGUACAAAGAUUUAGGACCACUGUACUGGAUGUUUGUGACCUUUAGUGUGUUAGUGCUUAUAACUUGGACUAACUUUUUCCUUAUCUCAUAAUUUUUCGAAAAAUGUACAGAGUGUCUCAGGAAAUGGAGGCAAAGUUACUCCAAGAAAAAAAUUACUAAUAGCCAUAAAAUCCCUUUACAAAAAUGUACAAUUAAAAUAUUUAUGAGCACUGUACAGGGUUGAAUUUUUGAUAUGUUACUCUACACAUCUUGGACUAACUUUUUCCUUAUUACAUAACUGCCUGUAAAUGUGCAGGGUGUCCCAGACAACCGGGGCAAGGUCAGCCAAGAAAAAAAAAUUUAAAUUAACAAAAAACCACUUUACAAAAAAUGUACAGGGUUGAACUUUUGAUAUGUUACUCUACACAUCUGGAACUAACUUUUCCCUUACUACAUAAUUUUUCGUAAAUGUAUAGGGUGAGCCAGGGAAUGAAGACAAAGUUUCGUACUACUGUAAAAACUUAUUUUUUUAACUAGUGUUUAGUUGAAUUGUAAUCUAAGUUAAGUUACUGUUAAUGUUUUCUUUUUUUAUUCUUUUCUAUGUUGUUUAAUACUUAUCAAGUAAUAAAGUUACUUUCAAAAA